CGCCGAUUUGUCUGCGCAGAACGUCUCGAAAAGUAAAAAAAAUCGUCAUGUGUUCUUCUUUACAUCUUUUCUGUUUUCAGACAAACUAAACUAACUAAACACAACUAUACAUGGAUGUAUACUGGCAAAGGUUAGCAACACAAUAGCAUUGUUGAGUGUGUUUAUAUUUGAGUUUUCGAACCUCGCGCAAAAAUAACGAACGUUAGCGGAUGCUGCGGUCGGUUAAUCACUUCAGUCACGAUGAGCAGCGAUAUCCCAAAAAGAUCCUCCGUUAGCCCUGAUAAAACUUGCUGUUCUGGGUUCACUAAUGUCCUAAAACGUGUCUUUGUCUGCAAGAAAAGCAAAGAGUCUUUGAACAGAGAUGAAGAUGCAGUAAGCCCAAGUGAACACACCGGUUGGGUGAUACACCCUUUGAGUUCCCUCAGAUAUUACUAUCUGAUGUCUAUGGUGAUCUUAACAUUCGCCAAUCUUAUAACAAUCCCUCUGGACAUGGCGUUCUCUGAGGAUAUACGUGGUAAUAGACACAGAUACUGGGUGGCCUUCAACGUCUUCUCCGACAUCAUGUUCUGUGUGGACAUUGGUAUUAAUUUUCGAAUGGGUAUUUUCACUGAAGACGGUCAGGUGCCCAUCCUUGAUCCAAAGCUCAUAAGAAAAGAUUAUUUAAAAUCUUGGUUUGUUCCGGAUGUUGUGGCUGCAUUUCCUGUUGACAUUAUUAUUGUUAUUGUGGACCAUUGUAAUAGUGCAGACAUAAACUCGCUGUUGGCUUCAAAGAUGGUGAGGAUGCUUAUGUUCGCGAGGAUCCUGAGCAUGAUUCGUGUGCUCCGUUUGCCAAGGCUCAUGAGAUUCUACUCUGAACUUGAAAAUGUCUCGGAUAUACAGCUUGACGUAGUCCGGAGGUCUAUCAGGUUUACAUUUGCCUUACUGAUGAUAUUUCUCAUCUGGCAUUGGAACGGAUGUAUUCAGUUCUUCAUACCUGUUCUGGAUGAGUUUCCGCUUGACUGCUGGGUCACAAGAGAGAAUCUUACGAAUAGCACAGUUGGUGAAAAAUACUCUUUUGCUUUGUUCAGAACUUUCUUUCAAAUGACCUGGAUGUCCUACAGAUCUACUGAAACACCAACACGUAUUGAAGAACAGUGGGGUGUUAUUGUCAGUAUGCUGAUUGGUUUUUCAGUCUUCAUCACAUGCAUCACUUUUGUGGUUGUGACGUUUGUCCGUGCCGCUGCCACAAGUAAUGUGUACAUGAAAAAGAUAAACCAACUACAAUCCUCCAAGGUGUUCAGACAGCUGCCCAAAGCUUUGCGCCAGCGAAUCACUGUGCAUUACAAGUGGGAAUUUGAUAAGAAGAACAUCUUUGAUCUCGUCCCGAAGCCACUGAGAAAGGAUAUUAUGGCAGCCAUGUGUACGGACCUGCUAAAGAAAGGAUCGUUGUUUAGAAACAAUGAUCCAAAAUUUGUUGAAGCCAUGUUAAUGAAACUGGAGUAUGAGAUCUUCCAGGCAGGUGAAAUCAUACUUUAUCAGAAUACUCGGGCUGAUCGUAUGUUCUUUAUCGAGUGUGGACAAGUGCUCGUGGAGACUGAAUUUUUCCAGAUGGUGUUGUCUACUGGAGAUCACUUUGGAGAGAUAUGUUUGCUGUUUGGUGGACGGCGGCAGGCUACAGUUCGAGCUUUAGAUGCCUGCAGACUCUUCUCACUUUCUUUAGACCACCUUCUGGAGAUCGAGGAAGAGUUUCCAGAUGUAGUGAAUGAGCUGAGGGAAAAAGCUCAACAGCGUAAAAGUGAACUAGAGCGAGCUGAGCUGAGACAACUUGCUUCAUCUACAUCUGAUGAUGUGUGAAAAACUUACUCUAGUUAUUGUAUUCUAUAAUAAAAUUUGAGUUAUUCAAUAAGAUCAUUUAUAUAUUUUAAACUUGAGAUGUUAUGCAUUGUAUAGUUUAUUGUAUUUUAUUAUACAAUUCAAGUUAUUUAAUAAGAUCAUUUACCUGUUUUAAACUUUAGAUGUUAUGCAUUGUAUUGUAAUGUUAUUAUAUUAUAACAUUUUAGUUAUUUACUAACAUAAUUUACAUAUUUUAAACUUGAUAUGUUAUGCAUUGUAUUGUAAGUUUAUUAAGACACUUGUUUUUUUUCUUGUACAUUUUGUUCUGUAAAUAUUUUCUAAAAGAUUGUUUGAUAAAAAUUUUAUUAUAAUACACAACAACAUAGUCAUACAUGCUCAUCACUUUCAUAACCCAAACACAAAAUACAGAGAGAAACGCUGCUUUGAAAUCCUACUGCGGGACAAUCCCAAAUUUUAUUUCAUUCAAAACAAAUUUCAAAAUUUGCUUUCAUACCAUACAAAUGGAGUAAGAUGUCCUUGACAAAUUUUGUUGUGGAUCUUUCACAUUUCCACUGAGAUCAGAUUUUAUAGAAAACAGAGUGUUAUCCUUUUUAUAAACGUUUUAUGGACAUUUUGAAAGGUACAUGUUAAGCCAAUCUGAAAUGGUUACUACCAACUAUGAUGAAUAGAUCAAAUCACAUACUAGGCUACUAUCAACAUCAUGAGGAACUAAUAGAGAACUUCUUUUAUUUGUCUAACAAAUAGUUAACUUUUUUUUAAGUGUAUCUUAUAAAAUGUGUAAUUCAGGGAACAUUUUUAUUUUUGCUUCACAGAAAAUGUUUAACGUAAAUGACAAUGAAAAAUUCAUUUAGCCACAUGAUGGCGCAAGGAUGCUAUUUGUCUAAUAAUUCUGAGCUGUU